AUGUAUCUCCUCAAUACGUCCCACCCCUUGUCCAUUUCCCCGGCGGUACCGUUCUUUGUUGUGGCUUUCGUUUUUUGGUGCACCCAGCUGUUGAUAGACCUGGUGAACCACAGCUCGUCCGUGCUGCCAUUCGAGAGCCGUAAGGAGAUACGCCUCCUCACCCCUUCUCGAGACGGCCGGUUGCUGCUUGUGCUGGACGUGGACGGGAGAGCGCUCCUGGUCAACCUGCAGCGGCGGGUCGUUUUGCACCGCUUCAACUUCAAGAAAAAGAUCCGUGCCAUCAGCUUCAGUCCGGACGACCGUUUCAUCGCCGCCGGCGUCGGGAAGAAGGUGGAGGUGUGGCGGACCCCGGGGAGGCGGCACCAGAUCGCUCCGCUGUCGCUGCUUCGCGGGUACGGCGGCCUGCAGGAUGAUGUCACCUGCCUCGCGUGGGGCCCGGACUCUCGCCACCUCGUUGCGGGAUCGAAGGACGCGACGGCACGGGUGUUCUUUGUAAACGAUACGGGCGAGGAUGCCGCCUUCGUACCGACUACCCUGGCAGGGCAUCGUGACGGGCUGUGCGGCUGCUUCGUGUCCGAGAGCGGCGACGAGGUGUACACGGUGGCGAGGGACGGGGGAGUGUUCGCGUGGGAGUGGGUCCCAGACGAAGGGAGAAAAGCCUCCUUGCUGCUGCCGCCGCCGCCGUCGCCGGAGCCGAAGAAGAGAAGGAGUGAGGGAGGGAGAGAGGGAGAUGAUUCUUCGCUAUCCGGGGGGGAGGAGGAGAGCGAUGAUGGCGGUAGUGAGGGGGAAGGCUCUGGGCAGGAAAGUCAGGAGGAGGAGGAGGAGGAGGAGCAGCACCGACGACUUGAUUUUGGGAAGCUGCGAACUCCCGCGUUCGGCAAGUGGAAGCUGGUGUCGAAGCACUUCCUUAGGCCCGGCGGCAGCUGUAACAUCACCAGCGCGUCCUUCCACGCGAAGCGGAGCUUACUGGUGCUCGGAUUCUCCAGCGGCGUGUUCGGGUUGUACGAGAUGCCGGACUGCACGGCGAUCCACACACUCAGCGUCGGGCAGGCGGGUAUCGGAACCUGUGACGUCAGCACCACCGGUGAUUGGCUGGCGUUCGGCUGCGCCAGGCUAGGGCAGCUGCUGGUGUGGGAGUGGCAGAGCGAGACGUACGUGCUCAAGCAGCAGGGGCACGGGUACGGCCUCAAUUGCGCCGCCUUCGGGGCAACGGGGUCGGUGUGCGCCACGGGGGGGGACGAUAGCAAGGUGAAGCUAUGGUCAACAUCAAGCGGCUUCUGCUUCGUUACCUUCACGGAGCACGAGGCUCCCGUUACCGCUGUCCGGUUCACGCCGAAUGCUUCGGCCGUGGUGUCGGCUUCGCUCGACGGAACCGUCAGAGCGCACGACCUCGUGAGAUACAAGAACUUCCGGACGUUGGUCACUCCUCAGCCGGCGCAGCUGACAUCGUUAGCGCUAGAUGGGUCGGGGGAGGUGGUGGUGGCCGGGGCGAUGGAUCCUUUCGAGGUGUACGUGUGGUCGUUGCAGACCGGGCGUCUGCUGGACGUGUUGGCGGGCCACGAGGCCCCCCUCUCGGAGCUGUGCUUCAGCCCCAGCCAGGGCGUUCUAGCCUCGGCAAGCUGGGAUGGAACCGUCAAGCUGUGGGACGUCUUCAAGAGCGAGUGCAUCGAGACUCUGGAGAUGCCGGCGGACGUGUUAGCCGUGACCUUCCGGCCCGACGGUAGGCAACUAUGCUGUGCGUGUCUCAACGGUACCUUGCAGCUCUGGGGCACCGAUGGAGGGGACCUGCAGGGAAUCAUCGAGGGACGUCAGGAUAUUGCCGGAGGAAGACGCGCGCACGACAUGGUGACCGCGGCCAACUCGAACCACGGCAAGUACUUUACUAGCGUCGACUACACCGCGGACGGUACUUGCGUGGUGGCAGCCGGACAGAGCAAGUUCGUCUGCAUCUACGAGUGCUCGCAGCAGAUCUUGGUCAAGAAGUUUCAGAUUUCCCACAACCGGUCUCUGGAUGGGGUUUUAGACGAGCUCCACAACAAGAGGCUGACCGAAGCGGGGUCUUUAGAUAUGCUGGAGGCGGGGUCUGACAGCGACGGAGAAGGGGAGCGAUAUCGCGGCGCAAACCUUGCCCUGCCCGGUGCGGAGCGUGGUGCCGACGGUUCCUCCCGGCGUACCCGAGAAGAGGCUAGGUCUACCUGCGUGAGGUUCAGCCCCACCGGGCGGGAGUGGGCGGCCUGCACGACCGACGGCCUGCUGCUCUACUCUCUGGACGAGGCGGCUGUGUUCGACCCCUCUGAUCUUGACGAGACCGUUACGCCGGAGGCUGUGCAGGACUCUAUUGGGAGGAAAGAAUGGGCCAAGGCAUUGCUCAUGUCCCUCCACCUGAACGAGAGAGAGCUGCGAGAGAAGGCGGUGGACGCGGUACCGCUGUCCGAGGUGCCUCUCACGGCCAAGGCGGUCCCCGCGCCGUACGCGUUGCGUCUGCUGGGGGUGGUGGCGGAUAGGUUGACGCACUCCCCUCGGCUGGAGUUCCACUUGACCUGGAGCCUGUCCACGCUGCAGGCCCACGGGGGUUUCCUGAGAGGCCUGGCGGCGUCUGACUCUAGGGCGGCGGGGGUGAUGAGGACCCUCCAAAGAGCGCUCACGAGUCACCAGACCGACCUCUUCAAGCUUUGUCAGGAGAACCAAUAUACACUCAGCUUUCUGGGAGGGAUAGAUGGCGCGAAACCGGUACACGGCGGGGAGACUGGUGCCGAUUCGGCAGCAGCAGCAUCAGGAACAGUGACCACCGGUCCUUUGGCGAAAAGAAUGCGUGUGCCGUGAAUCCCGCAAGACAUCUAUAUUCUAUAUACCUAUCCAAGGAAUUUCGACCGAUCGGGAGUCGUCGGUCGUAAAAAAUCGGCCAAUAAGCGAUGCGGGUCCAGGAACAGCUUGUGGGCAGCCUUCUUCACUGAGGGCACUUGCGAAAAAUAUGACCCCGCUCUUCAGCGAAAUCAGCAUUGUUGACGAUGGUCGACAGACCUCCUGCACCUACCGCUUGUUUUUUCGCUAUUUGGAAAUCUUCUAGCAUGAAUGAAUGAGUGAAACUUGGUACUUCGCGGACUUUGUCGGGAACAUCGCCAUCGAUGUUGGUUGUUGGUGGUAGAAGUAAGGUCGUGGGGGGG